UUUUAGUAUGGUAAUUAGAGAACAAUUAAAAACUUUAAAAGAAUUUAAUUUAAAAAACAAAAAAGAAUUAUAUGGACGUUUAUUAUCUCCAAUGUUUAAUUUAAAACCAAGUGAAACUUUUUGUGUUAGUGUACAAACAAAAUUGGAAAGAGGGGGGUUUGGAGCUAUUUUUCGUGUUGGUGUUCGAUUCGAAAGUGAACCCCAACCUUUGUGGCUUUAUCGUAAAUCUCUUCAACGUUUUUGGCCUCAAGGGGAAUGGUUGCGGUUAAGUUGGCAAUUGAGGAGAAAAUUAGUUAAUAGAGGAUUUCAGUUAAUUUUCGAUGUUUCAAAACACACCGAGGCAGAUCAAAUUAAAUUUUUCUUUUCACUUGAUAAUUUAUUUGUAAGAGCUUCUGAUUGCCCUAUUGAAUUGGAACCUUUUUUUGGUGCUGCUCCAGAUGAGGAAACUGAAGCAAAUUUGCUCAUCCCCGUUGAAAAUCUGAUCGAUACAGAUCCGAGGGUAUUUAGAACUGCUGGACUUGAUGGACUUCCUGCUGUUGGAAUUAAGCGUGGAGUAGAAAUAGUUGUCCCCUAUAGAAUAUAUUUACCUCGGAAAUUUUAUCGUAAUUUUGCUAUUCUUGCAUCUAUUCGCCCUUCCGAUAAUUUGGGUGGUUUUCUUUUUGCUGUUCUAAAUGCUUUUGAUACAAUUGUGGAAUUGGGCCCAACACAAACAAACAUUUCCCUUUUCUACACCGAUUCUUCUUCAACCGAUUCAUCAGAACAACGUAGCACAUCCAGAGUUUUAGCUUCCUUUUUAGUUCCUGUAUUUGCUGGGCAAUGGACACAAUUUGCAUUGGAAGUACAUGAACAGACUGUUGGGCUAUAUUUUAGAUGUAUGAGAUAUGCCGUUAGACAAGUGUAUAGACACCCUACACAGCUGCAAAUGGACGAUGCUUCUAAAUUAUAUAUUGCAAAUGCUGGUCCUAUUAUUGGUGGGGGGUUUGAAGUAAAGUUUAUUUUUUUACAAAAAUUAUAUAGAAAAGAGAAAAAUAUUGUUUGGUUGUUUUUUUACAAGUUCCCUCUCUUCAUUAUCUGCUACUUCAGAUAUAUAUCCUCCCCCUCCCUCCUCACAUCCACUUAA